CAGCAGACAAAAGGACAAACGAGUUGCCGAAAAAACCAGGGAAACUGAAUUCCAAAAUAAAUUAAACCGAAUCAGAUUCUCUCUAUCUCUCUCCACAAUUAUCUCUCUUGAGAUUGCACAGUGCAGCAGAAUCUGCAGACAUGAAGCAACAGAACCCUUCAUGGAUAUUUUCUCUCUUAUCUGAAAAGUUCUUCGAUCCAUGUGUUGUUCAUGAGAAUGCCAAGAAGAACGAGAAGAACACAUUUUGCUUGGAUUGCUGUAUCACCAUCUGUCCUCAUUGUCUCAACCUUCACAACUCCCAUCGCUUGCUUCAGGUCCGUCGGUAUGUAUAUCACGACGUCAUCAGGCUUGACGAUAUGGAAAAACUGUUUGAUUGCGGUUUUGUGCAGUCUUAUAGCACCAAUAAUGCGAAAGUGGUUUUCCUGAACCAGAGACCUCAAACGCGCACUUUCAAAGGCUCCGGUAGCUUCUGCAACAGCUGCGACAGAAACCUUCAAGAACCUUUCCAGUUCUGCUCUCUAGCUUGCAAGGUUCGGUAUCUCGUGGACUGCGAUGGAUUCGACUGCGAGUACUUACCGUUGUCGAACUUCGUAUACGCGCAUAUCGAGAGAGUGAAGGAGCUCGAGGACGGAGACGGACAGGUGACGCCGAGUUCAGUUUUGGACGGUGACGAUGAGAUGAUGGUUUCUUACCGUAAAUCUCCCGGUUCCAUCUGCACAAACAGCGAUAUUGGGUGUUUAACGGUCGGGUGUACUGCCAGAACGGAAAAGGUGACGAGGAAGAAGAGAUCGACGAAGUUCGCGGCCGAAAGCUCCUGUUAUUACCGAAAUACCCCACUCAUUUCUUCUUCAUCCAAACGGAAAGGAAUUCCAUUUCGUAGCCCUCUCUAUUAGAUAGGGGUUGAAUUUUGUCUCGAAGUUUCUGUUUAAUACUGCCAAGACAAAAAGAAACUGUGACAGAGAAACUGCAUGCAAGACCAAAUCCAAUUAAUGUUUUGAGUGGGAAAUUAAAGUUAA